AUUAGGCCCAAUGGGCUAAAUUAAGGAUCCAUUAGGGUUUAUCUUCUGUUAGAUCUUAGUUUCCUAACACCCUCUCUCACCGUUCUCGCUCACAAACCCCAGCAGUGUUUCUCAUCAGAAAUAAGCUGCGAUUCACGAAAUUUUGAAGGAUGAGUAAGCUUCAGAGUGAAGCAUUGAGAGAAGCUAUCACUCAGAUAGUAACUGAUGCCAAGGAGAAAAAGAGAAAUUUCACUGAGACAGUUGAGUUACAAAUUGGUCUGAAAAACUAUGACCCCCAAAAGGAUAAGCGAUUCAGUGGUUCCGUCAGGCUCCCCCAUAUUCCCCGCCCCAAAAUGAAGAUUUGCAUGCUUGGUGACGCCCAGCAUGUUGAAGAGGCUGAAAAAAUUGGUUUGGAGUCCAUGGAUGUGGAGGCUCUGAAAAAAUUGAACAAAAACAAGAAGUUGGUGAAGAAGCUUGCCAAGAGGUAUCAUGCUUUCUUAGCCUCAGAGGCUGUGAUCAAGCAGAUUCCUCGUCUUCUGGGACCUGGUCUAAACAAAGCAGGCAAGUUCCCUACUCUUGUGACACACCAAGAGUCUCUUGAGUCCAAGGUGAAUGAGACUAAGGCUACUAUCAAGUUCCAAUUGAAAAAGGUGCUCUGCAUGGGUGUAGCUGUUGGGAACUUGGACAUGGAAGAAAAGCAACUCUUUCAGAACAUUCAAAUGAGCGUUAACUUUCUGGUCUCUCUUCUGAAGAAGAACUGGCAAAACGUGAGGUGUUUGUACUUGAAGAGUACCAUGGGCAAGCCACAACGCAUCUUUUGAGAGAGUCGUUAUCUGUUUGGAGUUAUAGGAAGAAUCUGCAGCUUGUAUGUGCUUUUUUCAACUUAUAUUCUACAUGGGAGUUUGCCUUCGAUGGAGGUGGUUUAAUUUUAUUUAUGUUGAGAUGCUUUGGCCUAUAAUGGAAUUGCAACAUUUUUCGUUUGGUAUU